UUCUUGUCUGGAAAAUCGUGGAGCUCUGGUUCCAUUAUUCAAUACAGUUCUAUCCUUACCAAUACAAGCUCUUCACAUUUUGUAGGUUUGUUGAACCUGGAAAAUACCUGUUAUAUGAACGCUGUUAUUCAAGCUCUCUUCAUGGCCAAGCAGUUUCGUUUGACCUUGCUCGGCCUUAGCUCACUUUCUGGUCAACCUGCCUUACGAAGUCUUCAAUCUUUACUGGCCUUCCUGACAUACAGUCAUAGGAAUCUGUACACACCGAGAGAGUUUCAACGAACUGCUAACCCGCCCUGGUUCACGCCGGGUAGACAACAUGACUGUUCUGAGUUUAUGUCGUAUUUGAUGGAUAUAUGUCACGAGGAACAAAGAGCUUCAUUCGCUCUCUCCAAUAGUAUGAAACAGCACUAUAUCAAUAAAGAGCUUGGAAGUAUAACAGAGCUACCCGAGGUUGUUUCAGAGCCUACUAGUCAAGUUGAGGAUUGGAAUAUGGUGGGAGGAAGCAUGUCAAGUCUCUGUGCCGAGGUAGAUAGUCAAGAUGAUCUUAAUCUUAUUGGAACAAGUAGGGAUGAAUUAGAUUUAAUCGGAGAUAGUCGGGAUAACCUGGACAGAGUUGGAGAUAGUAGGGAUUAUCUGGACAGAAUCGGAGACAGUCGGGAUAAUUUAGGCAGAAUUGGAGAUAGUCGGGAUAACCUGAACAGAAUUGAGGAUUCCUCUUUUGACCAAAUGAUGGGGAGUACAGAGAAUUUAGAGACUGACAGAUUCGAUGAAAAUAUUGAGGAUGUUCCCGAGGCUGCCGAGGACUGUGUUGAGGAUGAAAAUGAGGUUAAGGAUGUGGUGGGAGAGCUUAGAGGCAGCAGAGAUAAUAUUCUGGUGUCCAGUAGCCGUGAGAAUAUAAAUACUAGCAGAGAGAACUUGAACACCAGCAGAUCCAAUCUUGAUAUUAGCAGAGAAAAUUUAAAUACUAGCAGAUCCAGUUUAGCAGAUGAGGACCGACUGAGUCGAGUAGGGAGUAGAGGAAGCCUGGGAUUGAGCAGAUGGUGUACAGAGGAGAACCUUUCAUCUUCCUCGGGUUCUAGGGAGGUUCUCAAUGUCUCCGGGUCUAGGGAGGUUCUAAACCUAUCUUUCAAUGACUCUAGGAGUGCGCUUAAUAUACCAGACUUAGACGCCAGACAAGGAGUUAACAAGAAAAGAAUUGUUGAUGAGAAAUCUGAAGACGGGCAUUCUAAUUCUACAGAUAGUGGGAUACAGAGCGUGGAAGAAUCUAGUCAUGGAAGCCAAGAUAAGAUAAGUGAUCAUGCCGCGGAGAGUGGGAAAGAGAAGGAGAAGACAAGACCGGAAGUUCAGACUAUAAUUGAAAACUUUUUCGGAGGUCGUCUUCAGAUUACAGUGCGGUGUCAUUCAUGUAGCAAGGAUUCGGUCCGGGAGGACUACUUCACUCAUUUAGGUCUUAGUUUUCCUGGUAAAGAUGAGUCGGAUGAUAAGAGAAAUAGCGAGAAGUCGAACCCUGAACCAGGAUCAAAGAAUCAACCUGAAACUGAGUUCAGUGAGAACUCAACUCAUGGUGAAACUGAGAUCACCCUUAUCAAAGCUGGUGAAACUGAAACUAGUCUAAACUGUGAUAUUAAACAAUCUGCUUCCGCCACAGCUCAGAAAACCUAUCUCCAAAGUACAGAUACAAACUCUAAACAAAGUUUAACGCUUGCUAUAGAAGAGUCAACUAGUUCAACCCUAGCUAAUAAAGAUACCAACCUUGCAAAUAACGAGUCAAACCUAGCUAAUAAAGAUUUAAACCUAGCAGCUAAUGAAGAUUUAAAUCUAGCAGCUAGUGAAGAGGCAAAUAACAAUUUAAGCCUAUCUGCAGCAAGCUCAACCGAACCUAGCACAAACCUACUUGUAACUGAACCCACUCUUAGCUCCAAUCUCUCCUCCGAGUGUAGACUGGAUAUAAAGAUAUCCCCCCCUGAUACCACAACACUAUCCAACUCUAUCCUGAGCGGAGUAAAGCCGAACCUGGCACAUAAACCUGGAGUUAUCAAUCCGAUGCAGAGUGAUCUAACCUUGGAUAAUCUUAUUCAGAAGUACUUAGAACCUGAGCUACUGUCUGGGUGUAACCAGUAUUAUUGUGAAAACUGUGAUAAGAAGACUGAUGCAACCCAAUCCUUUAGCAUCAUUUCUUCUCCCUUCUACCUCAAUAUCACGCUCAACAGAUUUGAGUAUGAUCGUGUACUGGAGAGGAAAAAGAAGAUAUUCACUAAGAUUGAAUACCCCAGACAUAUUACCAUAAACACUACACUGCUAAAUCAAACAGAGCUUGUAAGCUACAGACUUCAGAGUAUAAUAGUUCACAGUGGAUACAGUUCAGAUUCAGGACACUACUAUACAUGGUCUAGGGAUACAGAGGAUGAGAGCUUGUGGCAUAUUUUUAAUGACUCUAUGGUAACCUCAAGCACUUGGAAUAACUUCAUACAGCAAACAGAAAGACUGUCUCGAGACACACCGUACAUCUUGAUGUAUGAGAGGGAGGAUAUAGAGAACAAGUUGGAGGCUGUUAUCCCUCCCCCCAGCCUCAUGGAGGUCGUUCAGAGGGAUAAUAUUAGAUAUGCUCAGGAGAAAAGAGGAAGUUAUUCAGCAGGACAAGGCAGGUUUCGUCCUGUAAACAAGGACGAGGAGGACGAUCCAGGACCUGGGUCGAGUUGUACUGAAAAUUUCGGACAAUUGGGAGGAGGACGUUUUAUCUUCUAGAUCUAAGAGGCGGUCGUUUAUCUUCUAGUUCUCACAGGAGGACGUUUUAUCUUCUAGAUCUAAAAGAAAACGUUUUAUCUUCUAGAAUUUGAAGAAGAACGUCGUAUCUCUAUAACUGGAAGAAGAACGUUGUAUCUAUAGAACUAGAGGAAGAACGUUGUAUCUCUAGAACUAGGUGAAGAACGUUGUAUCUCUAGAACUAGAAGGAAAACGUUUUAUCUAGUAGGAGAACAUUCUGCGCCUAGAAUUAGUAUAUAAAGACGAUUUAUUCCUAGAAAUAGGAGGUGGAAGUUCACUAUCCUAAAUUUAGGAAUAUGACCAACUAAGAAUAAACGGUUCCCUUUCUAGAAAUAUAAGAAGGAAUAUAUGACGUUUUAAAACCUUUAAAAAUGGAUACUUAUCUCCUUCGAGUAAUAUAUAAUAUAUUCGAGUAAUAUCGAGUUGUAUCCUGGCCCAAUUAUGAAACUUUGUCCAGUAUUCACAUUCCAAUCUAAGAAAAUACUUUAUUUCUGAAGGAUUAACUUAUGUCUAAUCACUCAUAUCUUGGCAAAAAUAACGUGGAAAAAAGACACAAUUUUUUGUAAAUUUUACUUUUCUUGUGUAAAUUAAUAAAAAUUUCCUCGUGUAGGCCUAGAAAA